AUGAAGAUCUCGUACUUGUCCGUUGGGCUUCUCGCCCUCUUUAGCCCCUUGGCUGCUGCUUGGAGCAAAGAAGAUCGCGAAAUCUUCCGCAUCAGAGAUGAAAUCUCAAAGUACGAGACCGAUCCGGCCGCCAACUUUUACGAUAUUCUCGGUGUGCCCAACUCUGCUUCGCUCGACGACAUUACAAAGGCCUACCGCAAGCAGACCCGAAACUUGCAUCCCGACAAGGUCAGGCAGUCAAUGCGAUCCAAGGCUGAAAAGGACAAGAAGUCGGGCGCAAAUGUCAAGCCUCCCACCAAUGCUGAGAUCAGGACCGCUGUCAAGAAGGCCGGCGAGGCCCAGGCCCGUCUCUCUCUUAUUGCCAACAUCCUCCGUGGCCCCGAGCGCGACCGUUACGACCAUUUCCUUUCCAAUGGCUUCCCUCUCUGGAAGGGCACCGAUUACUACUACAACCGAUACCGACCCGGCCUGGGCACUGUCAUCGUUGGUCUCUUCCUUGUUGUUGGUGGUGGUAUUCACUACCUCACCCUCUACAUGAGCUGGAAACGUCAGACUGAGUUUGUCGACCGCUACAUCAAGUUUGCCAGGGAAACUGCUUGGGGCGGUGGCUUCAACAUACCUGGAGUCGAGGCUGCUGCACCCGCUCCUACUCCUCCCGCUGCGCCCGAGAGUGAAGAGGAAGAGGCCCCCCCUCUGCCCCAGAACCGACGAGAGCGCCGCAUGUAUGAGAAGGCUCAGAAGCGUGACGGUGGUAAGCCUGUCAAGAAGACCCGCCGAGCUCAGGUUGCUUCUGGAUCUGGAACUGCUACUCCUACCCCCACUGCUGGUCCUACUGGUGCUCGCAAGCGCGUUGUUGCUGAGAACGGCAAGAUCCUCGUUGUUGACUCCCUUGGCGAUGUAUAUCUCGAGGGAGAGGAUGAGGAGGGAGAGGUCCACGAGUACCUCCUUGACCCUAACGAGCUUGCCAAGCCUACCAUCAAGGACACUGCUGUCUUCCGUGCCCCAAUCUUCCUUUUCAACAUCACCGCUGGUCGAUUCCUCUCCAAGAAGUCCUCCGACCUCGAGCUCGAGGUUUCUGGCGAUGAGGAGGACUCUGACGUUCCCCAGCCUACUCCCAGCACCGACUCUGCCGGCGAGGACUUUGAGCUCCUCGACAAGAGCACUGAUUCGCUCAGCAAGGCCAAGGCAUCUGGUGCUUCUCAGGGCAAAGCCAACAAGCGCAAGGGCAAGAAGAGGUAA